AUGCGCAGCGAGAUGCAGGAGAACGCUCGUUUUAUCACAGUCGACCCCAGCAAACAAGCUGAAAGGAGACACCAGACAAAGGGUCUAAAAUGUCAGACUUGUUUCAAUAUGUUCGAAACGCAUAAAGAUCUCCGCGACCAUAUUGCGGAAUACCAGGCCAGUAAUGAUUUGGAACUCCAGACGUUGACCGCGAGGCUACUUGAGGUGCAAGCACAUUUGCCCCGCAAAAACAAUCCUUUUAAAAAUGGCGAUCAGCGGUCAGAAGAUAACGAAACAAACUGGACUGCCAGCGAUUUGGACACCGAAGAUGAAUGUUAUGCACAUGUCGAUAACAUUGAGGCCUGUCACGAUAGCAAAGACAAAGGUAGAGCUAAUAGCAGGGAGCAGAAUGGCCAGAAUUCCGACCAUUCUACAGCACGAUGUCAUCACCCAAAGUGCAUCCACGAGAAAGGCUUCCCAAAAAGAGCUGAACUUGAGCGUCAUUUCGAAUCACGUAUGGAAUCAAACCGCUUCAAUGAUUAUUGA